AUGAGCCCGAAAACUACCGCCAUGAGCCCGGCUAUCACCGUGAGCCCGACUACCACCAUGAUCCCGAAUACCGUCAUGAACCCGAAGACUACCACGAGCCCCACUGCUGCCAUGAGCCCGACUACUACCACGAGCCCGACUGCUACCACGAGCCCGACUAUGACCAUGAGCCCGACUACCAUGAGUCCGGAGAUGAGCAGAGUCGCGUUGGACGGGCUCCGACCCGAACGGUCUAGAUGCGUUGAAAUAUUGAACUCACUGAAGACCGCGGCCAGCAACUGGCCUAUGGACGUAGAGGCUGGGCCCUACCCGUGUGAUGGCGGCAGUGGGCAACUGCUGUGUGCAACACGUGAGGGUCAGACGUGCCACCGUUUUGGCGGUCCAUGGAAGUAUGGAGCCUUUGCGGUGAGGGAGGCGAUUGAACAUCAUUUAGGCAACGGUUCAAAUUGCAUCCCGCACUGCGACGGUAAAGCUGAGGCGAUACGCCAUGUCUGGGAGGAGACCCAAAGAAACCUACUGUCGAUUCCUCCGUGCCCCACACCGGGAUUCCUAGAUUUCACGAUACGCCCCUCAGUUCCAGAUCUGAAUGACUUCGAGGCAAUGAUGCGCUCGCGCUAUCCUAUCGUGGAGGAGUGCUCGGGUGUGUGUGGCGAGUGUCUUGAAGAUACCCACACGAGGAAGUGUUCUUGUAGUUUUGUAUAUGCCAAGUGCCGCAUCCAAGCUAAGGGUGAGAAGCGGCCACAGGUCAUUGAGUUAAUGGAUUACAACACUCAGCCAGGAGAGCUGUUUAAACACUUGUCUCCGUUCAACAAUAAGCUUGGCCUCUAUGAUAUUUUGGGUUGUCGUUAUGAAUGCCGUCAACCGGGCCCGGAUAUUAAGGCAAUUUCUGCCACAGGCGUGGACGUACGCAUCGUGGAGACGGAGCCAACAGGGGAUGAUAGCCCGCUGAAUUCGAGGCUGAGCAGACGCGAGUUGAGCAGCCUUCAGCUGCCUAUAGAACUGUGUCGGGCAUAUCCUGAGGGCGGCUGGCGGCAAUUGGCAGAGAUUGGCCGAUGUCCAUGCGAUGGAGGAAGUGGAGUAAUGAUGUGUAAAACGACAAAGCACGAUUGCAGGGCACGGUCGAGCUGCGGAAAAGACCUAGCUGUUUCAUGUCAUCAUUUUGGUCCGGUGUGGAUGGACGUCUUCGCAGUGGAGGAUGCGGUUAAACAUCACAUAGACAGAAUUAAGGACUGUGUUGUAAGAUGUGAUGAUGAAGAUACAAUGAGACAUCACUUCUGGGAGGAAGCCAACUAUGCUUUAUGGAACGCACCCGGAUAUCAACGCCAAACUUCCUUAACAUCGAGUUCCCCAAAAUUAUUACCGAAAUGGUAUCCUGCCGAACGAAGUUGUUCAUCAACCUGCAACUCCGACCGACAGUCUUGUACCAAUGUCCCUGACUGUAUGUGUCGCGUAGCGCACGUCAAAUGCGAGACCAACUUCAAAAACGGACAUGGUGAGCAAGAACUUGAAUCAUGGGGAUUUAAUACACGAAUGCAAAAUGUGUUAGGGAUGCUAUCUGUCCCAGGUGCUAACGCUAAAACCACACAUCCUCAAACCUAUUAUAUCAAUACAAGGAAUUGUAAUGCCACUUGUCAUGGCAUCAUGCAGUCACCAAAAUAG